AUGAGCGCUGCCCGCGGGGAGCCCGCCGCCUCCGGGAUGGGUGCACACUGCCCCGCGUCCCCCUUUCGUGUGCUCGCCCUCCGCCUCCUGGGCGCCUGCCUGGCCCGCAGGCCUGUGGGUCACCCCCCACCUGUCCUGCCCUUGUGUGCGUCUGUGUCUUUGCUGGGUGGCCUGACCUUUGGUUAUGAACUAGCUGUCAUAUCGGGUGCUUUGCUGCCACUUCAGCUUGACUUUGGGCUAAGCUGCUUGGAACAGGAGCUCCUGGUGGGCAGCCUGCUCCUGGGGGCCCUCCUCGCUUCCUUGGUAGGGGGCUUCCUCAUCGACCACUAUGGCAGGAAACAAGCCAUACUCUGGAGCAACAUGAUGCUGUUGGCAGGCAGCCUGAGCCUGGCCCUGGCUGGAUCCCUGGCCUGGCUGGUCCUGGGGCGCUCAGUGGCUGGCUUUGCCAUCUCUCUCUCCUCCAUGGCCUGCUGUAUCUACGUGUCAGAGCUGGUGGGACCACGACAGCGAGGAGUGCUGGUGUCCCUCUAUGAGGCAGGCAUCACUGUAGGCAUCCUGCUCUCCUACGCAAUCAACUAUGCACUGGCCACUGCCCCCCAGGGAUGGAGGCAUAUGUUUAGCUGGGCUGUUGCUCCAGCUCUCCUGCAGUCCUUCAGCCUCCUCUUCCUCCCUGUGGGUACAGCUGAAGCUGCAGCUCACAAAGACCUCAUUCCACUGCAGGGAGGUGAGACCACCACACUGGGCCUCAGCAGGCCCAAGUACUCCUUUCUGGACCUCUUCAGGGCUCGAGACAACAUGCGAGGCCGGACCAUGGUGGGGCUGGGGCUGGUACUCUUCCAGCAGCUAACAGGGCAGCCUAACGUGCUUUGCUACGCCUCCACCAUCUUCCGCUCUGUGGGCUUCCAUGGGGGAUCCUCGGCGGUGCUGGCUUCAGUGGGGCUUGGCGCAGUCAAGGUGGCCGCAACCCUGACCGCCAUGGGACUGGUGGACCGGGCAGGCCGCAGGGCCCUGUUACUAGCUGGCUGCGCUCUCAUGGGUUUGGCAGUCAGUGGCAUCGGCAUCGUCUGCUUUGCCAUGCCUAUGGACUCUGGUCCAAGCUGCCUGCCCAUGCCUAAUGCCACUACAUUGCCUGGCCUCCCCAAGGGCUCCAGCCUGCCGAUGGAUUCCUCUCUACCUCCACUGCCAAGAACCCAUGAGAAACAACGGGAGGCAGUGCUGUCAACCUCUAAGAAAACCGAGGCCCGUCCUAGAGCUGGAGGUCCUAUGACCACUCCCCUGCUGACCCUGAGCGCCGCCUCCUCCGUACCUCCUACUCCUGCCCCACCGCAUCCACUGCUAUACUGGACCGCUCUGGUUUGCUUGAUGGUCUUUGUGAGCGCCUUCUCCUUUGGAUUUGGACCGAUGACCUGGCUUGUUCUCAGCGAGAUCUACCCUGCCGAGAUCCGAGGGAGAGCCUUUGCCUUCUGCAACAGCUUCAACUGGGCCACCAACCUCUUGAUCAGCCUGUCCUUCCUCGAUCUCAUCAGGGCCAUUGGCCUGUCUUCGACCUUCCUGCUCUAUGGGCUGACUGCUGUCCUUGGCCUGGGCUUCAUUUAUUUAUUUGUCCCUGAAACAAAGGGCCAAUCAUUGGCGGAGAUAGACCAACAGUUCCAGAGGACACGGUUCACCCUGGGCUUUGGCUGCAGACAGAACUCAGCUGAUAUCCAAUACAGCCGCAUCAAAGACUCCACGGGCUCCUGA